CUUCCACAAAAUUCUUAUCCUCCAGACCUGCCUUACCACUUUACCAGUACCACACCUUCCGCCACUGUGACGCCAUUAUCCGCCGAAUCUCGCCGUUUCAACGCACUACUUCAUCGUCGUUUUCACGCACUAGUAUGAUGCCACCUUCCGCCUUUCUAAUUCCGGCACUUCAUCAGAUUGAUCUGAUUGUCUUCAUCGUGUAGGUUUGUCAUCAUCGUCUAGACAAAAUUCAGGUGAGUAAACUGUGUAAAAAUGAGUAGUCAACAUGAAGUUGAACACCAGCAAGAGUGUAAUGAGAAAAUGAUCAUAUUCAAGGUGUUUCUACAAAUGUUGAUGAGAGUGUCAAUGACACCAAUGUGCAACCAGGAGAUGGAAAUGUUAAUGAAGAAGAUUAUGCUACCAACUUUCAAAGAAAGAAGCGAAAGAAAGUAUCAAAAGUUCAUCAGGAUUUUGAAGAUGUCAUUCUAACAGGUGGAGUGAAAAAAUCCAAAUGCAUUCAUUGUGGGAAACUACUCUGUACGAAUUCUUCGAGCACAACAUCUCACCUUAAGAAUCAUUUGGCAAGGUGUUUACAAAGCCAGGUUCACCAAAAAAACCAACAAACCUUGCAACUCCAACCAAAAACAUCUACCUUUGAGAUGAAGCCGCUUUGUGAUGGUAAGUACGAUCAUAUGAAGCAAAGAGAAGCCAUUGCCCAUUGGAUUUUAACAACAGAGCAGCCCUUAAAUGUUGUGGAGAGCCCAUUCUUUACUUUCAUGUUUAAAAUCAAUCAACCACAAUAUGAAAAGAUUUCACGAGCCUCUGCAAGGAGUGAUGUUAUUAGUGUUUAUGAGCUAGAGAGGAAGAAAAUACAGCUGGCCUUAACAAGUAUUAAAAAUAUUUCCUUGACUACUGAUGUUUGGAAAUCCAAAGUUCAGAAGAUUUCCUAUAUGUGUGUUACGGGGCAUUAUGUUGAUGCGAAUUGGGAUCUUCAAAAACUUCUGCUCAAUUUUAUACCUCUCCCUCCUCCUCACACUGGUCUGGACAUCAUUGAUAAGCUUAUGAAGUGCACAAAAGAGUGGGGAAUAGAACAAAAGGUUUAUACAAUUUCAGUGCACAACGCAUCAAAUAACGAUGUUGCCAUUAAUGUUGCUAUAGACACAUUCUCUCGGAAUGAUUUGUUACCUUUGGGAGGUAUGUUAUUCCAUGUCCGAUGCACUGCUCAUAUUUUGAACCUAAUUGUGCAAGAUGGAAUUAAAGAAAUUGAAGGUAUUGUUCUGAAAGUAAGGAAGAGUGUGCGGCUCAUUAGUCAAUCCGAGGCGAGAUUGAUUAAGUUCUCACAGAUUGUACAUCAAUUGGGACUUCCUUCAAAACGGUUGAUUAUUGAUUGUGCUACUAGGUGGAAUUCUACUUAUGAGAUGUUACUUUUAGCUCUCAAGGUGAAACAUGCAUUCCCAAUAUUCAAACAAAUGGAGCCUUUGAUUGGGUCUUAGUGAGUGAGGUUGUUAACAUUUUUGAUGUUUUUUACGAAGCUACUCAUGUUUUUUAACUUAAAAAUACAUGCUUUCUGCUUCUAAAUUAUGACUUCUAUUUUUACAUUACUAACCACACUCACAAACACCCUCUAGUCUCUAAUUUCAAAGGUAGUAGUAUACUAACGUGUGUCACGCACAGGACCAAACAAAAUUUUUGUUGAUUA